AUGGACAAUCUGGACGGUCCGUUCACUGUGCCGAACGCGCACGCGGGUAAUAAUUGCGGCACGGCACUUUUGAUUUCUGGUCCAUCGCGGCAAGAACCGUUCUCAUCGCCAUUGCCAUCGAUCGCCUCAACAGCACCCGCAGCACCAUCAGAACAAUCAGCCGCAGCAGCAGCAGCAGCAGCAGCAGCAGCUGCAGCGGACCACUUACGUUUUCCCCCAGCAGCCACAUCCGUUUCCCGACAAGAGCACAUUGCGACCGCGUGUAGUCCCCAAGCCUCGGGCGCCAACGAAACGGUGUUUACGCCAUCUAACGAAGGAACGGAUCCCGUUGCGGAAGCGAAGGAGCAGGAGGAGAAUGCGGAAAAGAAAGGAAACGGGGGAAAGGAGGGGGAAGAGAAGUCGUUGCGUGGAGCCGACACGCGGCAGCAAGAAGAAGCUGCAGCAGUAGGAAGGGUAUCUACUGCGCGUGCAAGUGCGCCUGACCGACAGCGUGAGCAGCCAUGGUCGCGGGAUCUAGGAAUGGACGUGGAGAGAGGUGGCGACGAUUCGCUGCUGGCACAAGUAGAGCUGCAAAGGCGGCAGGAGCAUAUGGUGGUGGAGGAGGAAGGGCGGCAGCAGCAGCGGCAGCAGCAGCAGGAGGAGCGGCGGCGGCGGCGGCCGCACCACCACCGCGCGGCGUGCAACGGCAACACAAGCUGCCGGCCGGCCCCGGCCGCCCCACGAUUCGUGCGCCCGGGCGCAAUCAAGCACAAGCUUGAGAGUAGAACCCUUGCAACGAAGCGCGCCCGCUACAGCUCCGCGCACACGCUCUCUCCCCUCUCCCCAAACCUCCCCCCAUUCCCAGCUCCGCGGAGAGGGGCGCCCUCCGGGGGCCCCCUAGCUCCGCUCUCGCUUGCGCUUUCCGCCCCUAUUCCCCGGUUGGCGGGGAACCUGAGGUGCAGAUCGUCUGCUGUGCGGAUCGUCUGCUGUCUCCGGCACCAUGAGCUCUCCUCCCUCCUCCUCACCUCCAAAGCCGUCAGCGAUGCGGUGCUGACAGCGCGUGCCAUCCACUUUGAUUUCACCACUCCGGACGUGGACAGGAGGGGCGGCAGCAGGGGGCACCACUCCCGGGGGCUGCGCUGGCGAAGGGGGGGCGGGGGGAGGCACCGCGCACUGGGGGGAGCAAGGGCGCUGAGUGGGGAGGGGCGGCAGGGGGCACCAUUCCCGGGGGCUGUGCUGGUGAAGGUGAGGGGGGGGAAGGCACUGCACACUGGGGAGAGCGAGGUCGCUGAGUGGGGGGAGGGGAGGAGUUUGGAGCAGGAUCAUCAGGAAGGAAUGGAGAUUGGGAUGGGGGUAGGGGAUCAGUACGCUUCUGUCAAUGUGCUCUGUGAGCAGCAAGAGCAAGCAGCCUGUUGUGAUUUAAAGCAGAUGUCAGAGCAGCAGCAGCAGCAGCAGCAGCAGCAGCAGCAGCAGCAGCAGCAGCAGCAGCAGCAGCAGCAGCAGCAGCAGCAGCAGCAGCAGCAGCAGCAGCAGCAGCAGCAGCAGCAGCAGCAGCAGCAGCAGCAGCAGCAGCAGCAGCAGCAGCAGCAGCAGCAGCAGCAGCAGCAGCAGCAGCAGCAGCAGCAGCAGCAGCAGCAGCAGCAGCAGCAGCAGCAGCAGCAGCAGCAGCAGCAGCAGCAGCAGCAGGAGCAGGAGCAGGAGGAAGAGGACGAGGAGGAACGACAGAAGCUACAGGAGGAGGAGCAUCAGUUGCACGCUUUGCCCGAGCCACCUCUUCUCGCUCCACGCCCCGGCCCUUCCUCCCGGUUGCUCGACCCAGCCAUGUGCAUGGAAGAGAUUCAGAGAGUCACUGCUGUGCUCUUUGCAUCACCUGCUGCUGCUGGUGCUGCUGCUGCUGGAGAGGAAUUGAGAGAGGUGGAGGAAAGGGACAGGACACUUGGUAGGGAAGCGGAUGAAGAUGUGGUGAUGCUGUCCUCUGCAGCUGCAUUAACACCACCAGCAGCAGCAGCCGCAGCAGCAGCAGCAGCAGCACCAGCACCGGCAUCAGCAGCAGCAGCAGCUUCAGCUCCCUCCCACCGUGUUCUCUUCCCAGCAGCAGUGCCUGCCGGUGGAGCUUCUUAA